AUGGACAAACUGGAGGAGCCAGUGGAGGACUCAGAGGAGUCAGCUCACCAGCUCUGUCAGAGACGGACGGACAAGGCCCUCCAGGCCCUGUGUACCUGGUCGGAGAACGUUGGCAAGUUUUUCUGCCUGUCAGCUAACACAGUGGUGGGAGUGAAUGACAUCGUGGACGGAGUGAAUGAGCUGCUGAAGCAGGCAGAGAACAACGUGGCCAGGGAGCUGGACUGUCCCCUGUCAGUCGGGGAGCAGAACAACCAUGAGACCAAGGCAGUGUCCAAUGCUUUCCACAAAGUCAUGCAGCACAUUCAGAGUGAGCAGAGUCUGCUGAGGGACAUUAUGGAGAAAUAUCUGCUCAACACCAAGUUUAAGGGUGAGAUGCUACAGUGGCAGAAUACUAGCCCGACUCCAGACUCUCUGUUCUCUGUGAAGAAACGUAUCCGCAGCCUGAGGGCUCAGCUGAGGUGGAGACAGGUGGAGGAGGCCAGUCUGGAGGAG